AUGUUCACGGCUCCGGGACCGCGAUAUAGCCUUCAACGUAGGGUUGAACUCGUGCACAAAUCCAGCGAGUUCACGAGGACAAGCACUAUGGCUCUUCUGGACAUGAAUAAUGUUGCACCACAUCUUGAGCGAAACUCUAUUAUUUCGCUGCCUCAGUAUAGAAUCCAUGAAUCCGGCAAAUAUGCCGUGUACCUCAUUAAGGUGUGUAUAGACGCAUACACAUGGACAGUUGAACGACGUUAUCGCGAAUUUGAGGCGUUCGAUUUGAAGCGAUUCGAGGAUCGCAAAAAGUCGUUCUUACCACCGAAGAAACUUGUUGGCAACAUGGAUCCCGAAUUUCUGAAUGAAAGACGUAUUGAAUUGGAAAAGUAUAUUCGAGCCGUAGUCGAACUAGAUCUGUGGCUCCAGAAAAAGAGGAAGCGCUAUUCUCUGCCAAUGCUCAUUGCACGUUUCCUCGAUUUUCACGAAUACGUAAGUUGA